AUGUUCGAACGUCUCCCGGAGGAGCUGCUCCGAGAAGUGGCCAAAGGGUUUAACAUUCAAGAUGUCAAAACCCUCUCGCUCGUCUCCAAGACCUUCCAUGCCAUAUGGGGACCGAGGUUUUGGAGCACAUUAUGUGUUAAUACUGCUGGUCCAGGAGACCGCCCAUCAUCUGUCAGCAUCAAACGGAUCGAACAAUGCGCCCAUGCGCUUCAGAAUGCUACCUCCUCCAUACAGAAUGUCGCCGACAUGGUGUUUCGACGGGACACUCGAUGGAAGCUAUGGGGCUAUGAGAAGGAAGAAGACUGGCCCAACGUCGCCUGUUUCCACCGGCAGCCACCACCGGAGGACCUUGGGGUGUGGAGAGCUCUGCAACGAGCAGCGCCAGUCGCUGGAUGGUCAAAAGAUGAAUGGUCCUUAAGGAAUCAAAGGUGCGUCGAGGCAAGCAUAGAACGAAUGGGAAAGCAGCUGGGUCCCGACAACAUGGACGACGUUGCUCUCGCUGUACAGUCUGUUCUCGAACGCAUCCCCGCUGGCCAACUCCAAUCUUUCACCUGGGACUUGGCAACAUGCAUUCCUCAGCCUAUUUUGGAUAGCCUCUUCCAAACGCAACCGCAGCUCCAGUCUAUAUCCUUGACGUCUGAUACCCGUUGCAAGGCCAUGACCAAAAACAUCCACCUACCGUUCUGCCAGCUCAAACGGAUUACUUGCAAUACGAUACCACGAUCUUAUGUUCUACCGGUUCGAAGAAUGCUUGAAAACAAUAGAGGGCGCUUGCAUGACCUCCAAAUCGAGGAAUUGCCGUACGGGGGCCUUUUCGAGGAGCUCUUAUUUGGUCCAAAAGAAUGUGAAGAUUCCGCUGAUCGGUGCCACAGUAUGUUGGGAGCGAAUCUUGAUGUAUUGUUUCCAUCACUUGCAAUCCUGUCUUUGAGAUCGGUCUAUUUGACCAAGAGAAUGGAUCGAGCAUUCAACAUCAGUGGUCUAGAUGCACUUACAUUACGCCAAUGUUCGCGAUCGAGUGAAUUCCUCGAAAGAAUAAUGGCAGCAAACAGACCCCUUCAGCUCAAGACCUUUGAGUUCAUGUCUAGCCAUGGGCACGAUAAUGAUGACUAUGACGUGGAGACGAAUACAGUCAACACCUUUCUUCUAUCAUUCAACGGUCUAGAAAACCUCUAUAUCGGUUUUGCCAGAGAUUUCGACGAAGACAGCGCUGGCUUCCACCCCCUCUGGUCUACCGUUGGCCAUCACGGCUCAACACUGAAGAGGCUGGUGGUCCAUCAGCGAGGCCUAUGGACAGGUCCAAUGUGCACAAUGGGCGUCUUUGAGAGAAAUGUCGAUCCCAUUCGUGACGUCGAUGGCACGCUCGAUAUUUCAGAGACGAACAUCAGCAAGUGGGCGCUGGAUCCCGCCGAAAAUCCCCUCUCAGCCCUUCCAAAACUUGAAUGCCUCGGCCUACCUUGCGCUGUUUCAGACUGGAGCGAGUCCGAUACGUGGGCGAGACAUAGUAUAGAACCAGGUGUGCGGUCCGAGCCUUUUAUUGUAUGUAUCUUGCAUUGCGGCUUGUACUGA